GGGGCGGAGCCUUGGGCCGCUGCAGUCUGCGCGCGCCCCGGCGCCUAAGCGCUCCUGUGCCCCCGUUGCGCGGAGACGGCGUCUUUCGCGCCCUUCACGGCGCCGACCGGACCGCCGGACUCCAGCGCCUUGGCCCGGCCCGCGAACGCCGAGCACGCGCGGAAACCCUUGAAAGAUAAGAAGUGAAAUCAAAUAGAUGUUGGUGAGUACCCCACGGCAACCAUUGCUUCAUUUCAUUGGUUUAGAGUGAACUCUAAUCUGGAAGCCUUCCUUAGGUCAUUCCUGCUUCUGGGAUCAAACUCUAUGUUGUGCUUAAGAAAUGUGUCACAUCAGACACAGUGAAUCAUAAGACAGAGAUUGUUUCUUAUUACAUAAAUAUUUUAUUAGAUUUCAAGAAUGAAGAGGAACAGUUUAUCUGUUGAGAAUAAAAUUGUCCAGUUGUCAGGAGCAGUGAAACAGCCAAAACUUGGGUUCUACUCUUCUCUCAACCAGACUCAUACGCACACGGUUCAUCUAGACUGGGGGAGUUUGCCUCACCAUGUAGUAUUACGAAUUUUUCAGUAUCUUCCUUUACUAGAUUGGGCCCGUGCAUCUUCUGUAUGUAGGAGAUGGAAUGAAGUUUUUCAUAUUCUUGACCUUUGGAGAAAGUUUGAAUUUGAACUGAACCAGUCAGCUACUUCAUAUUUUAAGUCCACUCAUCCUGAUCUCAUUCAGCAGAUCAUUAAAAAGCAUUCUGCCCAUCUUCAAUAUGUCAAGCCUUAUUUUAAGGCAGUCAGUGAGUUUUGCAAAGCAUUUUAUCCGAAGCGGUUUCCUGUUUUUCUACAGUUAUUUGCAUUGAUUGAAGUUGACAGUAGUGUCGAGUCAGCAGAAGCUGCCUGUGGUAUACUCUCUCAGCUGGUAAAUUGUUCCAUCCAGACCUUGGGCUUGAUUUCAACAGCCAAGCCAAGUUUCAUGAAUGUAUCAGAGUCUCAUUUUGUGUCAGCACUUACAGUUGUUUUUAUCAAUUCAAAAUCGUUAUCAUCAAUCAAAAUUGAAGAUACACCGGUGGAUGAUCCUUCAUUGAAGAUUCUUGUGGCCAAUAAUAGUGACACUCUAAGACUUCUAAAAAUGAGUAACUGUCCUCAUGUUUCAUCUGAUGGAAUUCUUUGUGUAGCUGAUCAUUGUCAAGGCCUUAGAGAACUGGUGUUGAAUUAUUACAUCCUAACUGAUGAACUUCUCCUUGCACUGUCAAGUGAGACUCAUGUUAACCUUGAACAUCUUCGAAUUGAGGUUGUGAGUGAAAAUCCUGGACAGAUUAAAUUUCAUGCUAUUAAAAAACACAGUUGGGAUGCACUUAUUAAACAUUCCCCUAGAGUUAAUGUUGUUAUGUACUUCUUUUUAUGUGAAGCGGAAUUUGAGAUGUUCUUCAAAGAAGAAACCCCUGUUACUCACCUUUAUUUUGGUUGUUCAGUCAGCAAAGUGGUUUUAGGACAGAUAGGUCUCAACUGUCCUCGACUGACUGAGUUAGUGGUGUGUGCUAAUGGUCUUCAGCCUCUUGAUAAUGAACUUAUUUGUGUUGCUGAACACUGUACAAACCUAACAGCCUUGGGCCUCAGCGAAUGUGAAGUCAGCUGCAGUGCCUUCGUCGAGUUCGUAAGACUGUGUGGGAGAAGGCUAACACAGCUCUCUAUAAUGGAGGAAGUUUUGAUCCCUGAUGAGGAUUAUAGCCUAGAUGAAAUUCCUACUGAAGUCUCCAAAUACCUGGGAAGAGUAUGGUUCCCUGAUGUGAUGCUUCUCUGGUAAUUGGCUACCAAAGAUUCCGAAAUUGUUGUUGUUUUUUUAGAUCAGUAUGAUUAGCUGCUUUCUAUCUAAGCAAAUGUAAAUUUUAAAAUGUGUUGCUGCCAUAUUUUAGGUCAAAUAUUUGAUUGUUUGCAAACUGUCUUAAUGGAUUGCUGCAGAAA